AUGAACACCCAUGGUGUGACUGCCACUUGUGCCAUUCCAUUAAUUCAUCUUGCAAACUACUUCGUUCAGCCAAAUGUUAGGAAUAAUACCGCUAAGGCUAUCGAACUUUGUGAUGUUGCUUUGACUUUGGUGAACAAUUAUGGCGGUUCGAGUACCGAUCUUACCAGUCAAAUCUACGAGACUUUUGUCAAUUUAAUGGCCUCUUUCAAGCACACAACCACCGAGCUUGUCAAGUUUUCCGAAGGCUUCAACACUCAAGACGCCUCUCUUAUGAAACCAAGUUCUUCUUGCAUGACAUUGUUUUUCACUGCUUCCAACUUUCUCCUUUCCUUUUUGACGAACUCGACUCAUCCUUCAACGUUUAGGAAGCUGAUGAGAUUUGCUAAUGAAGAGGACGACAACAUCUCCCAGAGUGCUCUUGGUUUGUGGACUCAAGAUGUCGCAUACGACACUUACAAGGAAUCAUAUCCAAGGAUUGCUUCCCAACAAAGACCUGACUUGGAAUUUGUGUAUCUUGCAAACGCUGUGAUCUGGUUAACCUCCGAGUCCAGGUAUAAGGAGGCAGCUGAAAUUGUUCUUGAUAGAUGCUAUCAUGUGCUGAGAAGAUUACCAAUCUCGAUAUUCCAUCUUGAGUUCUAUUUUUACGCUGCUGUCUCGUUGUGCUUGGGUUCUGACUCGAUGCCCAACACGGCCUCUUUGCCUUUGGCUGCUAAAAUCAUGAAGAUGUAUGACUUGUGGGCUGAUAUCUGUCCACCAAACUUUGAAAGUAAGCUGGCGAUUCUUCAUGCUUGUUACAGCUGCGCUCAACUGUCCAAAACAUCUUUGACUGUUCUUGACAAUUUUGAGGUGGCAAUUGAAACUGCAAACAGAGCCACUCGUUGGAUUGAGGCGUGCUUGGCGAAUUACUUGUGUGCCAAAUGGCUAAAGAAGACUUCAGAGAGCAAGAGGAGAAUCUCAUAUUACGCUCAAAGUGCAUUGUCCAUUGCUGCAACUCUUAAAGCUGAAAGGCAGGUUGAUAUGAUGCAAAGGGAGUUCAGUUCUGUCUUUGAUAGCUUCAACUGGGCAGGUGUUUCGAUUCUCAGUGACAACCAACAACCCAGCCCACGAGUUCCACACUCACUUAACAACCAGCUCCAACAUAUCUUUGCUGAGAGCAAGUAUCUUCCUAGGCAGGAGAGUAACACCAGUGUUAGUAACAACCAAGAGCCUAACAUGCUACUUAGAGGUCCUCAAGAUGACUUGCCUACCCAGUCGGAGUUGACUAAAGCCAUCAAGCUCUGUUUGACUAUUUCGGAAUCGUCCGACAUUGACUCAAUUGUAACCAGUUUGCUUGAAAGCGCUCUUCUUUUCUCGAAUGUUGACUAUGGAGCUGUUGUUCUCAAUCUCAAUCAGUCUGAGCCAAGCAUCAAAGCCAUUGGUACGUUGAAUAAUAUGUACAAGUUUGAUGAUGAGCCAUUGGGUUUCAGGACUGACUUGGUACCCUACUCACUUGUGGUUCACUGUUUGCUUAUGGGUGAAGCUAUCAAUAAAGAUGACAACCCCGCUUUAUUUGACUCCAAGUUUGGAUCCGAUCACUACUACUUGCACAACCCAUGUUCAUCAGCAAUCUGUAUUCCAAUCAAGAGUACGAAUGUUUACGGCGUGAUUUACUUGGAGAGACAUACAUUGCCGAACGAAGUGCCUCAGAGCUCACCACAUUUCCAUUCUAGAAAGAUUGAUUUGAUAGACUUGCUUUGUUCCCAAGCGGCAGUUUCCUUUGGAAAGUCAUUGGUCUACUCCCAGAUGGAACUUGCAAAGAAGGCUGCUGAAGACGCCACGGCUGAAAAGGCGAGCUUUUUGGCGAACAUGUCUCAUGAGAUCAGAACUCCGUUUAAUUCUCUUUUUGCUUGCUCCCUUUUUUUAUUGGACACAUCCUUGACCGACGCUCAAAGGGAAUAUGUUGAGACAAUUAAGAGUUCUGCCUUGGUCACUCUCAGUAUCAUCGAUGGCAUUCUUGCGUUCAGCAAAAUCGAGCACGGGUCAUUUAAUUUAGACCACGCUCCAUUUGAUCUCAAUUCAUGUGUUGAGAGUGCCAUCCAAGUGACGAGUGAACAGACCUACAAUGAGAAUCUUGAAAUCGUCUUCUACAAUCAUUGCCCUGGUAUUCUCGAAGUCAUGGGUGACAGUACAAGAGUCCGUCAAAUCAUUAUCAAUUUGGUUGGUAACGCCGUGAAGUUCACAAUGGAAGGUCACAUCAAAAUCAUUUUGGAAGCUAAACACAUGGGUGACAAGAGAUACGAUCUCAAGCUUACUGUUGAGGAUACCGGUAUCGGUAUUCCUGCCAAUUCGAAGUCGAAGGUAUUUGGAGCUUUCUCUCAGGUCGACGGUUCCUCUCGUCGUGUUCAUGGCGGCUCAGGUCUUGGUCUUGCUAUUUCUAAAAAGUUGGUUGACAUUAUGAACGGUAACAUUCAUUUCGAUAGUGUUGAGGGAGUUGGAACCACCUUCUAUUUCACUUGUCCUUUUGAGGUGAGCAAAUAUAUCGAGAAGCUGGACGUGAAGCCUCGAAAUGUUGCUCUUGUUCUCGAAGAUUGUUUCAGACGAGAAGCCUUUGCACAACAGCUUGAGUUUCUCAAUGCCAAGGUACUGAUUUUCAGUAAGCCCGAGGCCUUCGUGAAUCAGAAACAAAAGUUUGACGUUAUCUUCGUUGGUGAUCAGUUCUUGAGUGAUUUAAGCAAGAAAAUCGAGGAGCUCAAGGGCUCAGACACGCAGAUUCACCUCAUCACAGAGUUUGGUACCCCAGUGUCUCACAUAAACUUGCCAGAGAUUGGACUCAGUUCGAUUCUCUUUGCACCAAUGAGAAGAUCGAGAGUGGAGGAGCUUUUACGUGAAAGUUAUGAGGAUCCAGCACUGUUGAAGAAGCCCAAGCAGCAAGGAACCGGUUCAACAGCUAUAUUGGGUGAUACAUAUCCAUUGAAGAUCUUACUCGCCGAGGACAAUGCUAUCAAUUUGAGGGUAGCCCUGCAGCAUUUGAAAAAGCUAGGAUAUGUUGCCGACCACGCAAAAGAUGGUGUGGAAGUUCUAGAAAAGUGUGAGGCCAUGUUGAAAGCGGGCGGUAAGUACGAUGUCAUUUUCAUGGACAUCCAGAUGCCACGGAAGGAUGGUAUCACCGCGACAAUGGAGCUCAAGGAGUCAUUUAUCAUCAAUGGUCACGUUGACUUACUUCCAGAGAUCGUUGCAUUGACGGCAAAUGUCGCUGGUGAAGACCGUGAUAAGUGUCUUAACUGCGGAAUGACAGACUUCAUUUCAAAACCAAUUCUCCCUGAGGAGCUCAGAAGAGUGCUCACGAGAGUGGGUGUACACAAAAAAGCAUUACAAUAA